AUGUCGAAGAUCUUUCUAUUCCUGACAUUAUUAUGCACCUGUGCAUUCGCAUCGGUGCUGAAGAACAUGAAGCAGCAAAAACGGGGUGUUAUCAGUAACGACGAAUGGAUCGGUUUCUCAAGUCCUUAUGGACAUGGAGAACCAUGGUCAAUCGAGCGUAAUUCUUGGAAAGGUCUCAAACUUCCUUCCGAAGUUAAUCUGCAUGCAGGGUUGUAUCUAGCAAGUGCGUCUUACGAUAGAAGUGGCAUCGCCUUAACACCUGAAAUUGUGAAAACUGUACCAGUGUAUUUAACGAAGCACGUAGUGCUGGAGAAGCCGGUGCCAGUUCCGGAGCCAGUAAUCAUAGAGAAACCGUAUCACGUGCCAUUACCGAUCGAGAAGAUAGUUCAUAAACCAGUCCCGAUUCCCGUCCCGGUGACUCAGGCGAUGCCAAUCCCAGUGAAGCAGCCGAUCGCGGUAUCCGUACAGCAGCUGUAUCCAGUCUCAGUAAAGCAUCCGGUAUCCAUACCAGUUCCGGUGCCGAUCCCGGUUCCGGUACAGCCGUUACCACCCUCAUCGCUUCCGCUGCAUUUGUUACCACCCUCACCGCUUCCGAUCAUCCUAGUGCCAUCUAUGCGCACGACUACGCACCCGAUCUUCACGUCCACCCGUCGCCGGUCGCCGUCCACUUGGACCAGGGCAUUCACGACAUCGCUCCCCUUGCUCAUGGCAUCAGCCAUGGGAUUGGUCAUGUGCUGGAGCACGGUUAUGGCCACGACUACCACGAUGCCCAUGUUGAUCUCGUCCAUGGGCACGAUCAUAAAAAGAGGAAGACUGACAGGAACUGACUCGAGCAAACAGAGGGCGGAAGCCCUGCAAUAUAAAUCUUUGAAAGAUACUGUAUAUAUGGCGAAAGAAGAGAGAGAAAGAGAGAGAAAAAGAGAAAGAGAAGAGAACGAAAAAGAAUGA